UAAAAAUGGCGAAUACGCGCCAAGCUACAACUAUAAAAUCUAACAGAGUCAGCAGAUCAAAAACCCUCCGCAUCAGAUUCAAUACCCAAAUUCAAAACAAACAAAAUCCACAUCCUCAUUUCCUUCAGACCUCUGUUCCCUGUUUGAAAUUCAAGAUUUUUGUACAGAGACGAGAGCAAGGGAGGGAGGGAGGAAGAAAGGAAGAGAGUGACUCUGUAAUAAUUGCAGGAAAUGGGGUGCGACGGCAGGAUGAUGCCGAGGCGAAUCGUGCUGGUGCGGCACGGAGAGUCGGAGGGGAAUCUAGACACGGCGGCGUACACGACGACACCCGACCACAAGAUCCCAUUGACGGACGCCGGCCUGACGCAGGCGCGGGACGCCGGAGCCCAGCUCCGCGCGCUGAUGGCGGGGAACGUGUCGUCGGAGGAUUGGCGCGCGUAUUUUUACGUAUCGCCGUACGAACGCACCCGAUCUACGCUCCGGGAGAUUGGACGGUCAUUUUCCCGGCGCAGGAUUAUCGGAGUCCGCGAGGAAUGCCGCGUACGCGAGCAGGAUUUCGGGAACUUCCAAGUGGAGGAACGGAUGCGGGUCAUCAAGGAGACCCGAGAGAGAUUCGGUCGGUUCUUUUACCGGUUUCCGGAAGGCGAAUCCGCCGCCGACGUCUUCGACCGCGUCUCCAAUUUUCUAGAAUCUCUGUGGAGGGAUAUUGACAUGAAUACGCUUCCUAAUGAUCCUUCUCCAGACCUAAAUCUUGUAAUCGUAUCACACGGGCUGACCUUACGAGUUUUUCUCAUGAAAUGGUUCAAGUGGACAGUUGAUCAAUUCCAACGCUUGAACAAUCCUGGGAACUGCCAAUAUCGGAUAAUGGAGCUAGGAGAUGGCGGAAACUACAGCUUAGCCAUCCAUCACAGCGAUGAAGCAAUGGAGGAAUGGGGACUCUCCCCUGAAAUGAUUAAUGACCAGAAAUGGCGAAUCCAUGCCAAAAGGGGUGAGUGGAAUGACCAAUGUUCUUGGUAUAUGGACGAAUUUUUCGACCACUUAACUGAACAAAACAACGACAGUAGUAAUGAUACUGAGGACGGGAGAGAAAGAUUUGAAAUGCAAUUGAUUCGUGAUGAAACACGUAUAGAUUCUUCCGAGGUAUUUUAAUGGUACCACAAUUCCUCUUACAUAAGGUGAUCUUACAAGAAAAUUUAUGAGACCUGGCUUGUGCGAGGGAGUUGUGGGGGUGUGGUGCCUUGCGAGAUAUCACAGCCUCUCCGACUAUGUCGGAGGUAUUCAUCGUAUUCAAUUGGAAAUGAUAUUAUACUUUUUAUCUAAUCAAAUCUUGAUGAUUCAAAAGGUUGAUUGA